ACAACGGUCGCUGCCACUUCCCAACUCCAAACUCGAACACUUCACAACUCGAACACUCCACAAGAAAGCGGCAAUGGAGAGCCUCAGUAGCGACUCCGUGGACUCAUCGAUGACCCGGCGGUCGGCGUCGGACGAGGAGACAUACGCGACUGUGUGGUCGGCCCCUCCGAAGCGGCGGGCCGGGCGGACCAAGUUUCGCGAGACGCGGCACCCGGUCUACAAGGGCGUCCGGCGCCGCAACGCCGACAAGUGGGUCUGCGAGGUGCGCGAGCCAAACAAGAAGUCGAGGAUUUGGCUCGGGACGUUUCCCACCGCCGAGAUGGCGGCACGGGCGCACGACGUGGCUGCCAUGGCCCUCCGCGGCCGGUCGGCCUGCCUCAACUUUGCCGACUCUGCGUGGCUCUGCCCCGUUCCGAGCUCGUCGAACCCGAAGGACAUCCGGAGGGCCGCCGUGGAGGCCGCGGAGGCCUUCCGGCCACGGACCGAGUCCGACGCUACUAAGAGCAGCGAGGAUGCGGCAAUGGCGAUGACAGCGGGGCCAUCGGUGGCGGCGGCUGAUGACCCCUUCUACAUGGAGGAUAGUCUCGACUUUGGGAUACAAGGGUAUCUGGACAUGGCUGAGGGGUUGCUGAUCGAUCCGCCGCCGAUGAACGCCGAUGAGGAAGAAAACGACGGCGAUGUCCCACUCUGGAGCUACUCCAUUUGAAGCUGGUGUGGCAUUUUAUGUACAGUAUAAUUUAAAUAAGGUUACUUAUGGGGGCCGGAAUGACUUGUACCUGUAGUUUUUUUAAAAAUGCGGUACGAGGUAAGAGUAGUUUGUUUGAAAUAAAUAAAGAGGGAGAAAGGUAGCCAAUCAAAGAAUGGCAGAGUGAGUGAUGGACUAAUAGGAAUAGUCGAAUCAAAGUUAGAGAAUGGCAUAUAGUUUUGUAUUCUGGAGUCGAUAUGUCUCCAUAAUUAAUGGCAAUCAGUUAGGAUGCAUGAAAGACCAUCUUCAAAUUAGAGUCAUGCUGUUGUUUGAGACAGGAAAUGCCAACGGUAACAAUUGGAUACAGGAAAUAUAUAUCCAUCCUUUGAACAAAGAUACUGUGGGGCCAA